AUGGCCGACCAGUCGGGUGUUGUAGUGUUCAACAAGUCUUUGUGGAAAACUCCUAGAGUCCGCAAAGUUGGUCUAAACCGGUGGCCAAGAGAAGCGGUGAUCAAGAAAAUCCCAGGGUUGAGUCUGUUGUCAAAACUUUUCCUUUUACCAUUACCUCUCUCUCUCUCUCUCUAUCUAUCUAUCGCAGUCUUUUCUCAUCUAUCUAUCUAUCUAUCUAUCUAUCUAUCUAUCUAUCUAUCUAUCUAUCUAUCUAUCUAUGUCAGUCUGUUCAUAUCUAUGUGUCUCAAUCUGUUCAUAUCUAUCUCACUAAUUUCACAUCAAUCUCACUCUAUUCGUAUCUAUCUUAGUCUGUUCAUUAUCUGUUCAUUAUCUAUCUAUCUAUCUAUCUAUCUAUCUAUCUAUCUAUCUAUCUAUGUCGAUGAUUUAAUAUCUAUCUAUCUAUCUAUCUAUCUAUCUAUCUAUCUAUCUAUCUAUCUAUCUAUGUGUUUGUGUGUGUGUAUCAGUUUUUACAUUGUUUAUCUAUCUAUGUGUAUGAUUCUAUUUUCCAGGAUGCAUCUAUCUAUCUAUCUAUCUAUCUAUCUAUCUAUCUAUCUAUCUAUCUAUCUAUCUAUCUAUCUAUGUGUGUGUGUGUGUCUGUAUUUGUGUGCGUGUAUCAGUUUUUGCAUAAUUUAUCUAUCUCAAUUCUUGAUCUAUUCAUCUUGA